AUGGAAAAGAGGUCAAGGAAGCGUUCUAGGAACGGGUGCUUCACUUGCCGAAAGCGGAAGAAGAAGUGUGACGAGUCUCUGUAUCCACAGUGCAGAAACUGUAACACAAAUGAGUUGCAAUGUACAUGGCCAGAACAUGUGGUUGAAAGCAAAACGCUACGACAAACACCUGAAAAACAGAAGAAGCUGCAAGAUCCACCUUCAGAGACCCCCAGUUCCUCAAGUCCUCCAAAGCCAGAGCAACAAGUAUUGGCUACUACUGUGGAUCCCGCAUCGUUGACUCAUCUGCUACAAACACAAGAAACCCAACAACCACACAACCAGAUCCGCCGACGCUUAUCUGAACCAUACGACCUUGCAACAAGUAAGCUUCUAGAAACCAUCCCAGCCCAGGAGACACUAGAAUCUGGGGUACCACAGAUUUCGCAGCCAGUCCAACUCGCACAUAGUGGGGCGCCGCAGCAAGACGAAUACCGUAUCUCUAAGCCCAAAGCUGGAAUACUACACGAAAAUCGAAAAGGCAAGAACUACUUCUUGCAAAGAAUAGCCAUGCAGCAGGACUGUGUGGAAGAGGAAGAAGAAGACGAAGAUGUGUACGGUGAGGGUAAGGUGAAUCGAGAUCUCAUUCGAAGCUACAUAGCACGCCAGAUGGAUCUUGGGGAUACGUUUCCGCAGAAGUAA